AUGUCUGAUUCAGAAGAAGAACAAGUGAAACAAGCCCCCAUAAUAAAGCCUCAUUAAAAAUAACAAAAGGACUUCUAUGCUGAAUAAUUAUAAGCCAAUGAAGAAGCAGAAUCAUAAGCCCCUUUGUUGGUUGUUGUUUAAGGACCAAAAGGUAGUGGCAAAACAACAUUGAUUAAAUCCCUUGUGAAACAUUAUACAGGAUAGAAAAUUAAGAAAUUGGUAGGUCCAGUAACAGUUCGUUCAAACAAAUAACAUAGAGUAACAUUUGUCGAGUGUCCCAGUGAUAUCAAUGCAAUGAGCGAUUUAAGUAAGGUGGCAGAUCUAGCAUUGAUAUUGAUCGAUGCAAGUAUAGGAUUUGAGAUGGAAACAUUUGAGUACUUAAGCUUGUUGAAUAAUCAUGGUUUUCCAAAUGUUAUGGGUGUGUUAACACACAUUGAUUUCUUUAAAGACAACAAAUAACUAAGAAAGACUAGAAAGAAGUACAAGAAGAGAUUCGAAUACGAAACAGGUGGCAAUUACAAAUUAUUUUACUUAUAAGCCUUGAAGAAUGAAUACUAUUUGAAAUAAGACAUCCACAAUUUGGCAAGAUUCAUAUCGAUCAUCAAGAUAGCUCCAGUAAGAUGGAAAACAGAACAUCCCUUUAUAUUGGCAGAUCGUUUUGAAUAGGGCAAGGAUAAUACUACAACCUUUUAUGGCUAUGUAAGAGGAUGCACCUAUCGAUUAAAUGACAGAAUUCAUUUUGUAGGUUAAGGAGAUUACUAUAUUGAUAGUUUUGAAGAAGUCCUAGAUCCAGUAGAGAUCAUAAACAAUUAGAAGAAGCAUCGAUCAUUGAAGGAUACUGAAAAGCUGGUUUAUGCUCCCAUGUCCAGUGUUGGUGCAUUAACAAUUGAUGCCACAGCAGGAUACAUCACUAUUCCAUAACCAUUAUUCACAGAAAAAAAUAAAUUUGUUAAUAAUGAAGAGCAGGAAGAUGAAGAGAUAGAGGAAUAAGAGUAAUAAUAAGAGUUGCCUGAAGGAGUCAGGAUGGUAAGAGAAUUGCAAAAAUUGACCGAAGGAAUUGAUAAGCAAUUAGAGGAGGAAGAAGAUGUAUAAUUAUUGGAGGGAUUUGAAUUGGAAGAAGACAAACCUAUCAAGAAGAAAAAUAGUUAAUAACAGAUUUAAUAACAAAGAGAAUUAGUGAGAUUAAAGAAUAGGGUUAAUAUUAAAAUUGAAAAUGGAACUGUCAUGCCCAUUACAGAUACUCUAUUGGCUACAGAUUUACAUGAAUUAAUAUAUUAGAAUAAGAAUGGUAUUAAUGAGUUUGAUAGUGUAAGAUACAUACCUAAAGUAUAAGAUAGGGAUUCAUAUAGAGAGAUAAAGGAAUUAUUUGUGACAGGCUUUUAUGGGUAGACUGAUGUAGUGGAUUUAGAAAAUCUAGAGAAAUAGAUUGAGGAAGAAUAAUUGGAAGAAGAAUAAGAAUAAGUAUAAGAAAAGCCGGAUGAUAAUUAAAAGGAAAAAGAUGAUAACUAAAAAAGAUAAUAAUUAGUGAAUUAAUUAACUAAUUCAAAUCUUGGAUUGUAUAAAAAGGGCACUUAUGUCAAAAUAGUUAUAAAAGAUCUUUCAUCAUCUAUUAAAGACGAUUACCCUAUGAUUCUUGCUAGAUCUGAAGUUGGUGAAGAUAAUUUAGGAUUUAUAAAGGUAUAUUCUGUUAUAUACUUUAGAUUCGAAUUAAAAAGCACAGAUGGCAUAGCAACAUCUUGAAAUCCAAUGAUCCUAUCAUAAUCUCUCUUGGAUGGAGGAGAUUUUAAACCAUUCCUAUAUAUUGUGUAUAGGAUCCAAAUGACAGAUUACGGUUCGUCAAGUACACUCCAGAAUAUGAUUAUUGUUAUGCCAUAUUUUAUGGUAAUUUUGCACCUUAGGGGACAGGUCUCGUUUGCACAUAAUCAUUGAGCAAUAAAUUGGUAUCAAAAUAAAUAUAUCAAUUAUAUAGUCUAAAUUUAGAAUUGCUGCCACUGGAGUAGUAUUAGAGAUGAAUCAUUAAUUCGACGUAAUGAAAAAGUUAAAGUUGGUUGGAGAGCCCUUUAAAGUCAUUAAAAAUACUGCAUUUAUUAAAGGAAUGUUCAAUUCUUCUCUUGAGGUAGCUAAAUUUUAAGGUGGUCUCAUUAAAACUGUGUCUGGUUUAAGAGGACACAUUAAAAAACCAAGCAAAUUAGGUCCUGAUGGCAGUUUCAGAGCUACAUUCGAAGACAAAAUCCAAAUAAGUGAUUUAGUCUUCUGCAGAACCUGGGUUAGAAUGCAUAUUGAGAGAUUCUAUAGACUCAUAACAAGUAACGUGAAAUUGAUGAAAACUAUGUGGGAGUUGAGGCAGGAGAAAUAGAUUCCACUAGAAUUCAAACCAGAUUCCACUUAUCAAGAUCAAGAACGUGUACCAGUCAAAUUCGCUCCCUUGAGAAUACCAAAUAAUUUAUAAUAGAACCUACCUUUUGAGAGCAAGGAGAAGGUAUUUUAAUCAAAAAUGGUUUUAGGUUAAAUCGUUGUCAUUCAGGGAGAGAUUGCGAUAAUAAGUGGAAAAGAACUUACCUGUUAAGAGCAAUAUGACAGACAAGGAGAAGGAAGUAUAUUCGUUGAUCUAGCGAUUGAAUACUAUAAAGAAUGAGAAGGAGAAGAAGAGAGAAUAGAAGGACAUACAAAAGCAGAAGGUUAAGGAGGCUUAGAUUAAAGGACAGAAGUAGCAUUUAGAAGAGGGGAAGAGAAAGUAUAAGCAAUAAAAACAGAAGGAUAAAUUUAUAAAAUAAGUUAAGAAAUAAUAAUAAUAGUAAUGA